AUGAGUCAACCUCCAGGAUUUUUUAAUCCAAACUAUCCAAGACAUGUCUGUCCGUUUAAAAAGGCACUAUAUGGUCUCAAACAGGCUCUUAGAGCCUGGUUUGAAAGGUUCAAGUUGUAUUUGCGCCACAUUGUCUUCAAGUGCAUCAGAUCUGGCUCAUCUCUGUUCACAAUUCAUAGUCCAGCAGGAACAAUACUACUAUUGUUAUAUGUAGAUGACAUAACUGUGACAAGCAACAACUCAAAGCAAAUAGAUGAAUUUGUGAAGAAAUUGAGCAUUGAAUUUUCCAUGAAGGACCUUGGAAAAUUAAGUUUCGUCCUAAGUGUUGAAGUUAUCUACUUUCCAAAUAGAAUUCACUUGUCUCAAAGAAAAUAUGCUAAUGAUUUGCGCAAGAAAGUGGAGAUGGCAGAUGCAAAAGAAGUCUCUACUCCCUUAGUGCACGAAGCUAUUGAGACUCCAGUUGAUUCUACAGUAUAUAGAAGCAUUAUAGGAAGCUUACAAUACUUGACACUAACCAGGCUAGAUAUAACUCAUGUUGUGAACCUUGCAAGUCAGUUCAUACAGAAUCCAAAUUGUGUGCAUCUCCAAGUUGUAAAGAGAAUACUCAGAUAUGUAAAGGGAACUAUUACUCAAGGUUUGUGUAUUACUUCUCAAUCCUCACUUAGGUUGUAUGGUUUCUCAUAUGUUGAUUGGGCAGGAUGUGCAACAAGAAGAAGAUCCACCACUGGUUACAUCAUAUAUCUUGGUGCAAAUUGUGUGUUCUGGUCCUCUCGAAAACAUAACACUGUUGCAAGGUCAAGUAUAGAAGCUGAGUAUAAGGCCUUAGUUGCUACAACAGCUUACAUGGCUGAUUUGCAUUCUGCAAGAUAG